GAAGGAAGUUACGUAAUAUGAGUGCCUCCCAGAAGGAAAUGAUACUUGCCUGCACAUGUCUUUGGUUUUCUGUCUCACGCUGGGCGUAUUGAUCAGGAAGAGUGAAUGUAUAAGUGUUAAUGGGUGAAACCAUUAUUAAUGUAAACGGCAGUUCCAGCGUCAGUGUAUUCUGUACAGAAUGUCAAGUGUGGCACAGGACGUUAACAUCGCAGACCUCAGAAGAUGCGUGCAGGUUAUCCCUGAGUUAAGAAGCUGGAUCCUGGAUUACUUGUACAGACACAGGCAAUUGGAUAUUGUGAGAGGAUUCACUGUGUUUGAAGACCUUUUGAAUAGUGGUAUUCUCCAUCUUCGCAUUCUAAGCACAGACAUGUGGUCUGUGAUGAAGAGUGAAGACACGGAGCAUUUUCCAAGAAUUCUGGAGUUUCUUGAGUGGAGUUAUAAGCAGAACCCUGAUCUGGUCUGUUUCAGGCACUAUAUCAAAAUAUGCACAGCACUGAAGGCAAAGAUUAUAGUAAAUAUGCUUGUGAAACAGCAUAAUCUGCUGAACAUCCUUAAAUCUCUCAACGAAUUCUUCCCAGAGAAUGGCCCCCAGUAUGCUCAAGCUACAAGAAGAGAUACUAAAAAAUUAAGACUCUGUUUUCAACAAUUUCGGAAGCUGGUUCUGAGAAUGAUUCGGGAUGAACAUUUUUGCAAGCAGUAUAUUGAGGUUGAUCUAGAAAAUGAAUACGGUGAGCGGUUUACAAAUGCUUUACAGAAGUUAUUUUGGGAAUACCUUGAAAGACUUGAAAGCAUAUUCCCUCCACCAAAGAUAGAGCAGCUCUUGACCGGUGAAAUAAGCAGUGAUUGUACCGAAGAGGAAUGUAUAUUGGCAGAAUUACUUCAAAAGCAGACCCUCAGUGUUCCUGACACGUUACAACGGCUUCUGCAGUGUAUCGUGGAGCAAGACUGUUCACAGGAGUUAGUUCCAGUCAGCAGCCAUGACAAUAGUGAACCAAACCUGAUAGCAUCCAGUUUGGAAGAGUCUUUAUAUCAAGAAGGUAAUUGCUUGGAGAGGGAAGGAGGAUGUGAGAAAGAUAGUAAAGAACAGCUGAAUGUAGGUGAAGACAACAGUGGACUGAUGGAAACCAAUGAUACAAAUGGAACCAUUUUAAGAGCCAGUUCUGAUCUACAAAUGAAGGGAAAAGAACAGGCAGCCGUGAAACAACCAAAUAGACAUGUCUCUCAGAGAGAAAAUAAUGUUUGUGUAGAUAUACUACAGUUACCAAAUAACUCGAAGAGUUCACUGGUAAAUGGAAUCAUGCCACAUGGAACUGAAACAUUCCAAGUAGGGACAUCUCCAGUUUAUGGAAAAGAAAUUGAACAACUCAGUGAAGAUGUUGAGGUUGGUGAGACAUUGCAUGAAACCACCACAUCAGUGCUUGAAGAUGUGUCUUAUAAUGACAGCGGUGACCAGGAUGAAGAGAGCAUGGAUGUGAUAUGUCUUGGAGAUUUUGAUGUAACAUUGCUUGAGGAUUGCUCGCAGGGAAAAACUAAUACAGAUGCUUCUUUAGCUAAUAACUCUUGUAGGCUAGAAGGUCCUAGAGUGGAGUCACAUGCUUACUCUACCACACCAGUGUUUUCUGCUCUGAGAAUGGAUUCUACCUCGUUUGAAGAGUCUGAAGAAAACAUGUCUCCACCUGACCCUUUCCAGUCCCAGAAACAAAGCCAGUUAGAGAAAGCCAGGGACCUAGUGCCUGUAUAUCAUUGCAGUAGAAAUGUCUUGAGUGAACCAAAUGAAUACCAGUUAGAUACAGGCCAUAUACCGUACCAGCCAGGUGAAAGAUGUGGACAUCGCAACGACACCUUGACUGUAUCAGUUGGAGAUGUUGAGCAGCUACGAGUCAACAUGAACCAAGGUGGUGAUGCUGAAAAAUUUCUGAAUGACUACAUGUUGUGUUCAGAAGAAAGCCGAGAAAGCAUAAGCAGCCGUGACAGACAGACAGAUAUACAAAGCGUUGACUCGCUUCCAAAUCAGACCUCUGCCCAGAUGAUUUCACCACUAAUUUUGGGUUUAACCAGGAAAUGUAAACCCAGUGCAGAGAAACAAAGUGAGAGCAUGGUUUCCACUCCGACUCUGAAUUCCGUUCAUUGCACAAAUGGUAUUGUGUCGAAGCAAGACAAAGGGGUUAAGUUAUCAAUGGAAUGCCAAAAGUUUAUUUCGCACUCUGCCAACCUCCAGCCUGUUGUCCUGCUCUCCAGGUUAGUUUUAGAUGAAGAUCUGAACCAGUCCCUUGCUAGAGAGCCAUUUGAUGCUUAUUCUUGGACCUCGGGUGCUGGAUGUUUGUCUUGGGCUGGUUCCUCCACAUUGGGUCCUGACACUGUAAGAAACCCAACCAAAGCACAAAGCAAAGAAGAUAGCAAUGAUCAGGAAUCAGCAGAAAAUUCUUUUGUGAGCACAUAUACUUCUACAAGUGAAUCCUGUCACACAGACCUCAGUGAUUUUGAGUACAUUCCAUACUCUUCCCCAAAAGUCAGUGGCACAGUGCAAUUGCACCGUGAUGAAUGUGGUAGAUUUAUUUCAUUAAAGAAGGACCAUAAUAAUUGGCUCCUGUCCCAAAGAAACAAAAGCUGACCUAAAUAACUGACGUGGUCGUUUGACUUCAGGGCUUGAAUUUCAGCACGGGAAUCGCGCAUUUUCCAAGUUGCACCGGCAUAUUUGCAACUUUCAGUGCGGGAAAAUCCCACAGAGAUAUUUUAAGAUGGCAAGCUACUGUGUUUUUCACCCAAUUUAGAAUGCCUGAAACACCAACAAUCUCUAAAGAAGUGGGUGUCAGUGACGAAAGCACUAUGAGCCUAGUUCUGGUUAAAAUAAAUAAAUAAAUAAAUAAAUAAAAAGUAGUGCUGGAUAUUUUAAGUGCCGCGAGACUUUAUUCUCUCAUACGUGAUUCUCGGCCUCUAUCUUUAAGCAUUGGUUAAAAAGAAAAGCACCUUUUCCUUCUGCUGCAUGCAAAAACUUCACGUCAGACAAUGGCAAAAGCAAUGGAGAGUGCUCUGUCUCGCAGUGAUGAACAGCUGUUAGGUCUCCUGAAAGCAGCUUAUUUUGAAGCAACACCAGUGUGAAUGAUGAUGCAGUAAAAAUAAAUAAAUAAAUAUAUCGUUUUUUAUAUGCAAAA